AUAGACUAAGAGAGAAUGAGCUACAUGAAAUUUACCAUAAUGCCAAGAAAAACCUUUGACAUUAUUAAAUUAGCUCUUCAUGGCUGCACAAAUAGACCAUUUUACCACAUUGUCUUACUAAAAAAUAUUUCACCCCGAGAUGCCCCACCAGUGGAACAGCUAGGAACAUAUGAUCCGAUGCCGAAUAUUUUCAAUGAAAAAAUUGUUUCCUUAGAUGUUGAUAGAAUCAAAUUUCAUUUAGCAAAUGGUGUGGCGUUAAGUAGACCUGUUGAAAAAUUAUUAGGACUUAGUGGAAUGUUACCUGUUCAUCCUGUUAGCUAUUUAACAGCUAUGAGAAAUAAAAGAAAGUUGGUGAGUGAGACAACUAAACAGGAAAAAGAAAGUACUGAUGUAAAAUAAUGAGCCAAGAUAAUCAGUUUUAUUAAUAAAAAUUUAAAAUAUU